GCGGAGGUGGGUGUGUGAUCCAGCUGAUGCUCGCAGCCGCCGCUUCCUCCAUCGCUCCAUCUCAGCCACAGGCGAUAGCAGCAGCAGCCUUUGGAGCCACACACACUCACAUACACGCAUCGCCUCCAGAACCUCCCCGCAACCUCCCCGAACCGGAUCAAGGCGGGGAAGCCAGCCGAGGAGCAGCGGUCUUUUGCCGUGGCAUUUCGGAACCGCACGCCCGCUGCCCGCGCCGCUGCUAAUAUGUGUGCGCCCGCUGGUUGGCCUUGCAUCCCAUCCCGCCAUGGCGCGCUUGGAGCGCAGUCGGUCGAGUGAGGGGGGCGCCCCACCCGGGAUGGGCAGCGUGGGUAGCGGGGUGGCUGGCGAGCAGGAGUUCGCCAUGAGGAGCGUGGGCACCCGUACCCAGAACAGCCUCCCACGGGGCCCGCCGCCAACCCGCCGCGGUCUGGAGGACCGGAGCUACAGCACCGAGCGCCCGGCCCCGCCCACCGGCUCUGAGAGCACCGCCUCUAGCGACGAGCGAACCUACACCACUGACCGAACCGAACGCACCUUCACCACCGACCGCACCUACACCACCGACCGCACCGAACGCACCUACACCACCGACCGCACCUACACCACUGAUCGUACCUACACCACUGACCGCACCUACACCGUCGACCAGCCCCCGCUGCCCAGCGAUGGCCCCGCCCCCAACAGCGAGCGCCCCAUCUCCAACAGCAACCGCCAAGUCUCCAACGGCAACCGCCAAGUCUCCAACGGCAACCGGCCGAUCGCCAACGGCAACCGCCCUGUCUCCAACGGCAACCGGCUGGUCUCCAACGCCCUGUUCCUGAACGGGGCGGGGCGGCGGGAGGUCCCGCCUCAGGGGGCCAUGGGACUGGACAUCUGCGGGAACAACGUGACGCUCAACAAUGAGAAGAACAACGGCGGGCCCCCCCCUCAGUACAGGGAGCCCCCCGGGGCCAAGCUGGACAACAACAACCCCCCCAAAAUCCUGCCCGUGUCCGGCAAGCUGGAGCAGAACAACGAUGGAUUGGUACGUCCCUCUGCCUUUAAGCCAGUGGUGCCCAAGAGCUUCCACUCCAUGCAGAACCUGGUGUGCCCCCCCCAGACGGGGGUGGGAGGGGGAGGAGGGGGUGGUGGGGGUGGGGGUGGAGGAGGAGGGGGUGGUGGAGGUGGAGGAGGAGGGGGAGGAGGAGGAAGAGGGGGUGGUGGCGGCAGGGGAGGGGUUCGGGGCGGGGGGCAGGGGGGACUUUCUGACUCGGGAAGGAACUCUCUGACCAGCCUGCCCACGUACGCCGGCUCGGGGUCGGGCUACGGACCCCCCCACCCCCUGGGCCCCCUCAGCGCCUCCACCAGCCACAUCAACAGACUGGGCACCGCCGCCCUGGACAAGCCCGGGUACCAGAACGGGCUGAGCACCUCCGACAGCGGCCGCUCCUCCUCCGGGAAAAGCUCCUCCUCCUACCAGCGGCUCAGCCACCUGAGCGACGCCCCCGGGCCCCUGCGCCCCUCCCCCUCCUCCGAUGACAUCAUCCAGGACCUGGAGGACAGGCUGUGGGAGAGAGAGCAAGAGGUGCUGCACAUGCGGCGCAACCUGGACCAGAGCGAGGCGGCCAUCGUGCAGGUGUUCGAGGAGAAGCAGCGGGUGUGGGAGCGGGAGAUGGAGGAGCUGCGGCAGAACUACGCCGCGCGGCUGCAGCAGGUGUCCCGCCGCGCCCAGCGCACGCAGCAGGCCCUGCAGGCCCAGAUCGCGCGGCUGCAGCAGGACAAGCGCCGGCUGCAGGACGAGAUCGCCGCCCUGCUGGCCCACCGCGAGGACCUGGAGAGGAAGUGCCUGGACUACAGGAAGGAGCAGGCCGACAUCCUGCCCCGGCUGGAAGAGACCAAGUGGGAGGUGUGUCAGAAGGCGGGGGAGAUCUCCCUGCUAAAGCAACAGCUGAGGGAGAGCCAGGCGGAGGUGACCCAGCGGGCGGGGGAGAUGGUGGCCCUGAGGGGCCAGCUGAAGGAGCUGAACGCCCAACUGAAGGAGAGGGAGGAGACCAUGCUGGGGCUGAAGGACUCCUACAGCAGCAAGGGCCUGGAGCUGGAGCGCUGUGAGGGGGAGCUGCAGAAAACACUGACCGAGGUGUCCCUUCUGAGGGACAAGCUGGGAGUCUUUGAGGCAGAGGUAGUGGGACUGAAGCGGGCUCUGGGAGAGCUGAGUGUGGGCAGGGCUGGAGGCGGGGCCAGGGCAGCGGGAAGGACCCGGGGGGGACUGCCCUCCCCCCACAGCCCCUCAGAGGCGGCGGCGGCGGCAGCAGUGGCCGCCCUGCCCCCGCCCCCGGCCCCGCCCCCCGGCUCAGCCCCGCCCCCGUCCCUGGCCCCGCCCCCGGGCGACGCGCUGCUCAGCCUGCAGUCAGACGAGGCCAAGGUCCAGCGGCAGGAGGCGGGCAGCCUGCGGCGGCAGCUGGAGCGUCUGCAGGGGGAGCUGCGGCUGGAGCGGCAGCAGCGGGAGCGGCAGGCGCUCACCUUCGCCCAGGAGCGCCACACCUGGCAGGGCGAGAAGGAGCGGGUGCUCAAGUACCAGGCCCAGCUGCAGGUCAACUACGUGGAGAUGCUGCAGAAGAACCAGGUCCUGGAGCAGCGCAUGGGCGAGCUCAACACCAAGCUGGCCACCUCCCCGACCUCACCGCCGCCCGCCCCCCUGCCCCUCAGUCUCCCCCUCCCGCUCUCCCUCUCCCCGCCCCCCGUCACUGAGGACAAAAAGCCCCCCGCCAUGCACCAGCUGGCCCCGCCCUGGCCCAUCCCCUCCCGCUUGGAGAGGAUCGAGUCCACGGAAAUCUAGGACCUGGGAGUGUCCUGAUUGAGCCCCUCCAGAACACAUUCAGCUCAAUACAGUCUUACAGUAACAAUAUACAUCCUUUAACACAGUCCAAGCUCAAUACGGUCUAACAGUACCAAUAUCCAUCCUUCAACACAGUCCAAGCUCAAUACAGUCUUACAGUACCAAUAUCCAUCCUUCAGCACAGUCCAAGCUCAAUGCAGUUAUCCUACAGUACCAAAAUCCAUCCUUCAACACAGUUUGAUGCAGUUUAAUAUCACAUCUGCCAGUCUGCUUGGCAGUCCUAGGACACACUGCCAAAGGAACCACCAACAGAGGGGUGAAAGUUGAGGGUUGGAGGGGGGUCUCAGGAGGAAGAGGGGGGCAGUGUGAUCAGACUGUUGGGGCAGGACUAAUGGACGUCUGGGGCGGGCAGUGCACAAGGCAGGGGAGGCUGGGAUUUUUGGGCAGGGAAUCCUGAAGUUAAGACAGAUCACACACACUUCAGCAGUGAAACUCCAACACUGAUGCUCUUACACUAACACUGAAGUUGACUCUAAUACUCCUGUCCAACUGGCUCAACAUUACCAGCUCGUACACACAGGAUACUGACAUGCAAAUAUCUCCUCCAAAGGAAGACUUCAGCACAGACACGCUGACACACACUCACACUGACACACACACACACUGACGCGUACAAUGACACCAUUCAUGCAAGAAGGUUGCUUGAUCACUGUCAGGGAGGUCUGUGGUUAUAUUUACCAGUCCCACCACAUAACUCUCGGUACAGUAUCUCUGGCCCAGAAUUCCUAUGGUGUGUCAGACUGCAGUGGAACCGGAAUUUGGAUAGUUCACAUACGCCCUGGAACUGGAAUUCAGAUUGUUCACACCUGUUCUGGAACCUGGAGUCGGAUAGUUCACACCUGCCCUGGAACCGGUAGUCAGGUUGUUCACGCCUGCCCUGGAACCUGGUCAGAUCGUUCAUACCUGUCCUAGAUCCUGGAG